AUGGUUAAGCAAGUCGCCGGUUCCAAGGCCCUCCUUCUGGGUUCGGGCUUCGUCACCAAGCCUACUGUUGAGGUUCUCAGCAAGGCUGAUGUCGAGGUCACUGUCGCCUGCCGUACCCUCGAAAGUGCCCAGGCUCUGGCCGCUGGCUUCAAGAACACCAAGGCCAUUUCCCUUGAUGUCAACGACGAUGCCGCCCUUGAUGCCGCUCUCGAGCAAGCAGAUGUUGUCAUCUCGCUGAUUCCCUACACCUUCCACGCUACCGUCAUUAAGUCCGCUAUCCGCACUAAGACAAAUGUGGUUACCACCUCAUACGUUUCACCUGCUAUGUUGGAGCUUGAUGAGCAGUGCAAGGCCGCUGGCAUCACUGUCAUGAACGAGAUUGGCUUGGAUCCCGGUAUUGAUCACCUCUAUGCUGUCAAGACGAUUGAGGAAGUCCACGCUGCUGGCGGCAAGGUCACCGGAUUCAUUUCCUUCUGCGGAGGCUUGCCUGCCCCCGAGUGCUCGAACAACCCCCUCGGAUAUAAGUUCUCGUGGUCCAGCCGCGGUGUGCUUCUUGCCCUGCGUAAUGCCGCCAAGAUCUACCAAGGUGGUAAGGUCGUCAGCAUUGACGGACCUGAUCUGAUGGCUACUGCUAAGCCCUUCUUUAUCUACCCCGGAUUCGCCUUUGUCGGCUAUCCUAACCGUGACUCCACCGGAUUCCGUGAGAGAUAUAACAUCCCUGAGGCCCAGGAUCUCGUCAGAGGUACACUGCGCUACCAGGGCUUCCCUGAGAUGAUCAAGGUCCUUGUCGACAUUGGUUUCCUCAACGAUGCCCCCAACAGCGUUUUCGAUAAGGCCACUUCCUGGAAGGAGGCUACCAAGCAGGUUCUUGGUGCCACCACCUCCUCCGAGAAGGACCUCGAGUGGGCCAUCGCCUCCAAGACCAAGUUCCCCAACAACGAGGAGCGUGACCGUCUUAUCUCCGGCCUGCGCUGGAUUGGUCUCUUCUCCGAUGAGCAGACCAUCCCCCGCGGCAACGCUCUCGACACUCUUUGCGCUACUCUCGAGAAGAAGAUGCAGUACGACGAGGGCGAGCGUGAUCUCGUUAUGCUCCAGCACAAGUUCGAGAUUGAGAACAAGGACGGCUCCAAGGAGACCCGUACCUCCACUCUGUGCGAGUACGGUAACCCUGCCGGCUACAGCGCCAUGGCCCGCACCGUUGGUAUUCCCUGUGGUGUUGCUGUUAAGCAGGUGCUUGAUGGCACUAUCAGCAAGACUGGUGUCAUUGCUCCCAUGACCAUGGAUAUCUGUGCUCCUCUUAUCAAGGCCCUGAAGGAGGACUACGGCAUUGAGCUCAUUGAGCGCACUCUGUAA